UUCGUGUUUAUUUUGGUGUUUUUGUCUCUCUGCUUGCCAUAAUGUAUUUUUGGGUCGGCGGCGAUUGCGAUUCGGCUGGUGCGGCGACAGAUAAGACGCUCAAAAGAUACGCCCGCGCCGCCAUCACCGAUGGGCACGACGAACGAAGACAUGAAGAAUCUGAAACGGCCGCCAGCAUCUCCUAGACACUCCUCGAACCAAACGUCGCCGUCCAUACCCAUGACAGGCGGCUCCCCCAGUCCGCCCCGCAGAAGAAGCGUCGUCGUCGGAAGCGCCUCCCCGUUCCCAUCCGCAUCGUCCACACCAGCUAUGUCCAUCAAGACAUGGACGACUCAGGCACUCAAACGCUUCCACGGCAUGAGCACGUCGCCGCCCCGUCGUGACAGCUCGUCCAUGUCGCCGUCGUCGUCGCACAAUCGAGAUCGGUGCAUGGCGCUUGGCGAAUGCGAUCCUCGAUGCAUCGUGGACAACAUGCACUUCCAGGGCGGCGUCCAUCACACACAGAUGCUGUUUGCCGUGUUCAACGGCCGACCAUUGAGCCACUGCUGCUACGACAUGACGUUCACAUGGUUCCGCGCGCGCCAUGACGACGAGUUCGCGGUCAUCCCACAUGCGUCCAUGGACUGGUACCAGCCGACAGCCGAGGACAUUGGCGCGUCGCUUCUGCUGCAAGUCGAGAUCGACGACGCCGUGCUAGGGUGUAUAGAGCAUGGGCCGCUCGUCGCAGAUCCGUCCGUGCGGUCCCGCGUCGAAACCUUGCUUGCCGCUCACACGGCAUACUUUACGAACGUGCGUCGGACGCCAGUGUCCAUUUGCGGCGAUGGCGGCGGCAACAACGCCAUGGACAUGGCGUGGUCGCCCGAGGACACUUGGUCGUUACUUUUGGACGACAAGCGCGUCCGCCUAACAUGCGAGUCGGCGCUCCUCCCGCCGCUGGAAGCGCUGUACGCCCCGUCCGUCCAAGUUUCACUGGAUGCCCAUCAUGCCAAUGCAUUCGUGUUGGAGUUUGGCACUUGUGUGGAUGACACCAGACGAGCGGCGGCGCGCCUUGUCGUGGACUUGCAUGAUCAACGGGAUGUGCUGUUCCUUGUGUUCCGUGCCUUUUCGAGCCGCGCCGUGCACUCGUCGGCGUUGGCCGAUGCGAUUUCCAGCGGCCAGUCAUGCAUGUUGGCGUGCCGGACGCUGCCCGCGACCCUCCCGCCGCCGCCAUCCUCGUCUUCCUCAUCGACCGACUUUCAUUGGAGCCAUGGAGGAUACAUGUUGCCGUGGACGGCGUGGUCCACUGCUGGCCGGCCAAACCCCUCGGUUGCGACGACUAUUCAUGAUGAUGACGAGGAGGAGGAUGUGUUGAACUCGAUGCUGCUGCAUGAUGUGGACGCCCUCUUGCUGCUCACGCACGAGUUUUGCACCGAGGUAGUGCCGACGUCCCCCGAGAGUUGCAACUUGUCGGCACCCGCCGCUAGGGACGAAGAAGAAGAAGGCACGUCGAUGCAGUCGGCUCUCGAGUCGAUCAAGGCGGAGCGACGCGCCCUGGAGCGGCAACUGGAACACCUUCGCCAUCAUCACCAAAGUCCCGUUUAAUUUAAUAUAUACGACCAAACACGA